GUCGCCGGUUUCGUUCGUGUUUAGAUAUUUAAUAAAAUGAAUUAUUUAUGUUUGGCCCUAUUUUAAAACAAUAGUAAUUUAAUCAGUUUAGAAAAGUAAUCAAACCAAGAAUUAUAAUAUUUGAAUAUUCCAUCAUAUCACCAUGAACGCUAGCUUAAAUUCGAGUUUGUUGCAACGCACCAUAGAUCUACAGUAUGAGAACAAGAAGCGCUCUUAUUCUUUAAAGUGGAGCAUGAUAAAUGGCUGCCUCUUCGUUGUCUUCGUUUACGAUUUAUCAUGCAAAUGCCCCAACUACACUUCGGCGUUUCACUAUGCGGAGUAUGCCUUGGCAUUAGUGCUGGGUAUAAGUUUGAUCCAGCACGGCUACCAGCUGUUGAAGCGGAGCCCACCGCUGGCCAUCACACCGAGGCAGCGAGACUUGUUGGGAGUAGGUGAUGCAGACACAUCAUUCCGUAUAAUCGAGCAGCAAUCGCUAUCGUCCCACUCCAUAUCGCCGGACGUGUCGUCAUUGUCGGCGUCGCAGUCGCCGCGCUGGCGGCGCAACGCCGACGCCGGCAGCCGCUCCGUGUCGGCGUCGCCGCCCGACCCGCCGCGUGCCGACACCACGCCCGACUGCUUCAUCUCAGAUUACACGGAGCUCGAUCACUACCUCAAACAAUAUGAAGAGCGGAGCAUUCUCGAGUCGUCCCUAAACGUCAGUACCAGCAGCCCGACUCCCAUGCCCCCGCCACACUAUCAACUCGCCACCUUAGAUAUAGAAAGCAAACUAGAAGAUUCCGGCUCGAACGAUCGCAGUGGACUGAGCGGGGCCCCUCAAGUGUGGUGGCGCCUUCAACUCGACCCGCAGAGGCUCACCGACUGGAACCUCAACUUGAGACUGUGGCUACAUGUAACGAUAUUGGAGCGCUUGGUGAGAGAGAUGGCGGCUGUGGACGAGGCGCUCGCCAGGAUCGGUCUGCAUGACGUUAAAUUGGGACAUGUAUCCGUGGAGCGUCUACGACAGAGCGCAAAUACCGUGGGUUGCGGCUCUUUAGCCGCCGUGCUGCCUUUCCUCGAAGCGUUCCCAGACCAGAAGUAUCUCGUGCAAAGGAUCAAAGAACUGGCUGUUGGCGGCUGUCUCAGCAACUACAAAUGGAACGGCGGCGGCAGCGACUACGACGACAGCAAGCCCACCGACGCCGAGAUAGUCCUACACUUACUCGCCACUUACCUCGACGGACAACUACCUGACGUCGGCCGUAAGGCUUUCACGGAAGGCCACAUAUCAAGCGCGCCUUCGCCACCGCCGCGCGGCGCCAGUGCGUUGUCUAUACAUAAAGUGACCAGUCGGCCGCCGCACUACGUACUGGCGUUGGAAGACGAUACUAUUGAGGUGUGCCGCGGGCGCAACAACCUCCUACACACUAUACUGCUGCUCAUAGCUGCUUGCGCGCGGCGCACGCCGCCCGCGCUGCACCGCGUGCAUCUCGGCCCCGCUGGCCUCAACAUGCUGUGGAUCAUAUCCUAGGCAGGUGCACUACUAUACGGGCCUCUUGCACCAUUCACUAACCCGGGGUUAACCGGUUAAACCUGGAGUUACCUUGGUUACCAGUACAAUUUGACACUGGGUUAACGUUUUAACGGGUUAAGCCCGGGCAUAGAGAAAUAUAGUGAGAAUAGAGUGCUCACUCCAUAUACAUCAGUUUUGGUACCAAUACGACUAUUAUUUUCGCAGUCGACAUCUAGCAUCGAGUAGCGAAAUUAACAGUAUCGCUACUUGAUACUAGAAUUCUCGAGUGACGCGCCUCACGAAAAUUGUAUUGAACAACAAUUUACAACUAAUAUUUAAAGUACAAAUCGAGUUUCGGUUAAUCCGGUUAUAAUAUUAGCUGAAAAUUGUUGAGCAUCGGACUUUUCGGUCGGUGCAACAUCUAUUGUCAAGUAGCAGUACUGAUAAUUCCUCUACUCGAUGCUAGAUGUCGACUACGAAAAUUAUAGGUUUUUGGUACUAAAACUGAAGCAUGGACUGAGCACUCUAUGUAUUUUUUUCUCUAUGCCCC